AUGAUGCGAAGCGCCGCCGCGACUGUGCUCACGCGACACGCGACGACGCAGACGUUGGUUCGAGACUGCGUCUACGCGCGAUCGUGGAGACGGCGCGCGUCGACGACAUCAUCGUCGACGCGAAACGUGGCAAUCAUCGCCCACGUCGACCAUGGAAAGACAACUUUGUUGGACCAGCUCAUUCGCUCGACGUCCGAGGCGAGAGUGGAGGAGCGCGCCAUGGACAACAUGCAGCUCGAAAAGGAGCGAGGAAUCACGAUAGCCGCCAAGUAUACCGCCGUGUCGUACAAAAACGCGACACUUCAUAUCGUCGAUACCCCAGGUCACGCCGAUUUCGGCGGUGAAGUCGAGCGUGCGCUCGAGCUCGUGGACGGCGCGCUUCUAGUCGUCGACCCGUUCGAAGGCGUCAUGACGCAGACGAAAUUCGUCGUCCGUAAAGCGUUACAGAAGGGACUGAAACCGCUCGUCGUGCUGAACAAGGUCGAUCGCGAUGGUGUCACGCGAGCGUUGUGCGAUGCGGUGGAGUCUGACCUCUUUGAUUUAUUCGCGGCGAUGGGUGCUGACGAUGCGCAGUUGGAUUUCACCGUCGUCUACGCGAGCGCGCGUGCGGGCGUCGCGAGCACGUCGCUUGAAGAAGCACAAAAACAAAUAGUCGAAGGGAACGGGUCGGUGGACGCUAUAUUACAGGGGGUUCUCGAUCACGUUCCUGCACCGCGCGGCUGUACUCAACAGCCGUUCGCCUUGCUGGUAUCGAUGAUUGAACGCGAUCCGUUCUUCGGGCGGCUCGUCACCGGACGAGUCUUCGAUGGCGCGCUCGGUAUCGGAGACACGCUCAAGGUUCUCACGCUUGGGGAUGGCGUCGUUCGCGAAACAGUCCGCGUACAAAAGAUUUUUACAUCCAGGAAUUUAGAACGCGUCGCCGUGAAGGAAGCCAAGGCUGGAGACAUCGUGACGAUUGCCGCUGGUUUUGGCGACGCGACGGUGGCGGAUACGCUUUGCUCGCCAGAGAGGCGCGAGCCGUUGCCGUCGACGCCCGUUGAUCCACCCACGCUGAGUAUGACAUUUGGUGUAAACACGUCGAGUUUGGCCGGUAAGGAAGGGAAUCAACUGACGGAACGACAAAUUGAAGAGCGACUCCGCGCCGAGGCGGACACCGAUGUUUCGCUGCGAGUCAGCGAUUCAUCCGAUGAGGACGGGAUCCCGGGACUGCAAGUCAGCGGGCGCGGCGAACUGCAUCUUGGCAUCAUCAUUGAAAAACUACGACGAGAAGGUUUUGAGCUUUCCGUUUCGCCGCCUCGCGUCAUCCAAGGCAUUGAUGAUGAAGGCCGUCGAACUGAACCCUUCGAAAGCGUGUUGCUGGAGUGCGACGCGAACGACUGCGGUGGCGUCAUAGACGCCGUGACACAGCGAAAAGGAGAUCUUCUCGAUAUGGAUACGAACGCUGGCGAAGACGGCCGCACGCGCUUGACGUUUUACGUGCCGAGUCGAGGUCUCAUAGGCUUUCGACAAGAGUUCAUCAACGCGACGCGCGGCAAUGGAGUCAUGCAACGAGCGUUCGACUCGUACGGACCCUCACGAGGCGCAAUUGGCAAGGCAAAAAAGGGCAAACUGAUUAGCACGACAUCAGGGGUGACGACGACGUACUCGCUCGGCGCGCUCGAGCCUCGCGGUACGCUCUUCGUCGGCCCCGCGUCUGAAGUGUACGCCGGGAUGAUCAUCGGCGAGCACACUCGCGAGAACGAUCUCGAGGUCAACCCGACGAAGGAGAAGAAAUUAACAAAUAUGCGUGCGAGCGGCAACGACGAAACGAUUCGAUUGACGCCACCGAAGGUAAUAGAUCUCGAGAGCGCUAUCGGAUACGUAGGUACAGAUGAACUCAUAGAAGUGACACCGAAAGCGAUUCGCUUGCGCAAAGCGGAGCUCGCGUCGUCCAUGCGACGGCGCGCGUCGCGACAGGCGGACUCUUAG